AUGCCGCCGCCUUUACCUGGUCCUUCUCAAGCACUUGCUUCUGCCGCCGAUGAAGAGAUGCCGCCGCCUUUACCUGGUCUUUCUCAAGCCCUUGCUUCUGCCGCCGAUGAAGAGAUGCCGCCGCCUUUACCUGGUCCUUCUCAAGCUCUUGCUUCUGCCGCCGAUGAAGAGAUCCCGCCGCCUUUACCUGGUCCUUCUCAAGCACUUGCUUCUGCCGGUGAUGAAGAGAUGCCGCCGCCUUUACCUGGUCCUUCUCAAGCACUUGCUUCUGCCGGUGAUGAAGAGAUGCCGCCGCCUUUACCUGGUCCUUCUCAAGCACUUGCUUCUGCCGGUGAUGAAGAGAUGCCGCCGCCUUUACUUGGUCCUUCUUAA